AAAGCCCACAAUCUCCUCUCUUUCUUCCUCUCUCAGCUAGCUCCCCUGUAAUUUCCUAUAGAACCUGAAACCCUAAAUACUGCAGACUUUCCCAAUCUUGGAAGCCCCAGAAAACCUUCCUACUUGUUUCUUGAUUCACAAUCAUGUUCCUUAAUCCAGAGGAAAAGAACAGCCGAUACAACAAAACACUGAAGUCCAGAGUUACCCCAAUUCUUCAUAGGAAAGAGCCCAACAGACAAUCUCUGCAUCCCUUUCUAAAGAAACCUUUUUGCCUUGUUCUUCUGUAUACUUAUAUCUCUAGCUCAAAAUUUGCUGUCUUUUCUUGCUUUCGUUUUAUUGGGUUUUCUUCAAUUCGAGGAUUAUUUUAAGAAAACUGUCAAAAGAGUUAACUUUUUGCUGCUUGUACCUGUUUCUUCAAGUUCUACAACUCGGUUUUUGUAGGUUUGUUGUUCGCAUAGGUUUUGAAUUUUCGGUGUAAUUAGGGUGACCUCUGUAAUUGUUUAUUCUUGAUAGUUUGUGGGAUUACUAGGGUAGCACAAUGGGUGAUUUUGACCGUACGAAAAUACGAAACAUAUGCAUUCUUGCCCAUGUGGAUCAUGGGAAGACCACACUGGCUGACCACCUAAUUGCCUCUUAUGGAGGUGGGGUGCUCCACCCUAAGCAGGCGGGUAGGCUUAGAUAUAUGGAUUAUUUAGAUGAGGAACAGAGGCGCGCUAUAACAAUGAAGAGCUCUUCUAUAGCUCUUCAGUAUGAGGACCAUUCGAUAAAUCUUAUAGAUUCCCCGGGUCAUAUGGAUUUUUGUAGUGAGGUAUCUACUGCUGCUAGGUUGAGUGAUGGGGCUUUGGUGUUAGUGGAUGCUGUUGAGGGCGUUCAUAUUCAGACUCAUGCUGUCUUGCGUCAAGCUUGGAUUGAGAAGCUUACGCCGUGUUUGGUUUUGAAUAAGAUUGAUAGGUUGAUUUCUGAAUUGAGAUUGAGUCCUAUGGAAGCGUAUACUCGGCUGCAGAGGAUUGUACAUGAGGUUAAUGGGAUUGUGAGUGCAUAUAAGUCUGAAAAGUAUUUGUCAGAUGUUGAUUCACUUCUUUCGGUACCUUCUGGGGAUGUUGGUGAUGAUAACUUUGAGUUCGUAGAAGACGAUGAAGAGGACACUUUUCAACCUCAGAAGGGAAAUGUUGCAUUUGUUUGUGCAUUGGAUGGGUGGGGGUUUAGCAUUCUGGAUUUUGCUGAGUUCUAUGCUUCCAAACUUGGGGCUAGCUCCGCUGCACUGCAGAGAGCAUUGUGGGGUCCUCGGUAUUUCAAUGCAAAGACAAAGAUGAUUGUUGGCAAAAAGGGUAUGAGUUCUGGAUCUAAGGCAAGGCCCAUGUUUGUUCAGUUUGUUUUGGAGCCACUUUGGCAAGUAUAUCAGGCUGCUUUAGAUGAGGAUGGUGAUAGAGGAGUUCUUGAGAAAGUUAUCAAGUCCUUCAAUUUGUUGAUACCUCCACGUGAACUUCAGAACAAGGAUCCAAAGGCUGUUCUUCAGUCUGUGAUGAGCCGUUGGCUCCCAUUGUCGGACAGGAUAUUGGCAAUGGUGGUUAAGCAUAUGCCUGACCCUAUUACUGCUCAGUCUUUCCGGAUAUCUCGCUUGCUUCCUAAGAGGGAGACCUUGGACAAUGCUGGCAGCUCUGAGGUGCUUGCUGAAGCAGAGGUUGUGAGGAAAUCCGUGGAGGCUUGCAAUUCCAGCCCUACUGCACCUUGUGUUGCUUUUGUUUCCAAGAUGUUUGCAGUGCCAUUAAAAAUGCUUCCUCGAGGAGAGGAUCUGCGUAAUUAUGCAGAUGACGCUAGUGGUGAAUCAGAAGAAUGCUUCCUUGCAUUUGCGAGGGUCUUUAGUGGAGUUCUACAUGCAGGACAGAGGAUUUUUGUGCUUUCAGCUUUGUAUGAUCCAUUAAAGGGGGCAAUGCAGAAGCAUGUGCAGGAAGCUGAGCUGCAGUCUAUUUAUCUGAUGAUGGGUCAGGGGUUGAGACCUGUUGCCUCUGCAAAGGCAGGGAAUAUCAUUGCCAUUAGAGGUCUUGGCCAGAAUAUACUGAAAAGUGCAACUCUGUCAUCCACAAAGAACUGUUGGCCUCUCUCAAGCAUGGUUUUUCAAGUUGCACCCACUUUGAAAGUUGCAAUUGAGCCUUCUGAUCCUGCUGAUAUGGGCGCACUGAUGAAAGGUCUAAGGCUUUUGAAUCGUGCAGACCCAUUUGUUGAGGUGGCAGUGUCUGCUAGAGGUGAACACGUGCUAGCUGCUGCAGGUGAGGUUCAUCUCGAAAGAUGCAUUAAAGAUUUGAAGGAGAGAUUUGCAAAAGUAAGCUUGGAAGUCUCUCCCCCUCUGUCAUACAAAGAGACGAUUGAAGGCGAGUUAAGCAAUCCAUUAGAUAAUCUGAAGCAAUUGAGUGGCAGCUCUGAAGUUAUUGAGAAAACUACCCCAAAUGGAAGGUGUGUAGUUCGAGUGAAGGUGAUGAAACUUCCAACUAUGUUAACGAAGCUGCUUGAUGAGAGUUCUGAGCUUAUUGGGGAUAUUAUAGGAGGUAAAUCUGGUCAAGAUUGCAAAAGCUUGGAAACAUCGAGAGGUAGCAUUGUGGAUGGAAAUCCAAUUGAAGCACUGAAGAAACGCAUUAUUGAUGCUGUUGAAAGUGAUAUACUAAUGGAGAUUCAGAGGCACAAAGAACGAUCUGAGAAAUGUAGAACACGGUGGCAAAAACUCUUUAAUAGGAUCUGGGCUUUGGGGCCUAGACAGGUGGGUCCUAAUCUUCUGUUGACUCCAGAUACAAAGGGAAAGUUUGACGAUUCUCCUGUUUUAAUUAGGGGACACCCUUAUGUCUCUGUUAGAUUGGGAUUCCUCGAUGGCUCUGAUUUGAGUGGUGAAUCAGCUGAUACAUCAGGAGUAACAGAUCAAACUUUAUGGCGAGAAGCAGAGAGUCUCGAGAGCAGUGUUGUGUCUGGAUUCCAAUUUGCUACAGCAUCUGGCCCAUUGUGUGAAGAACCUAUGUGGGGUUUGGCAUUUGUAGUUGAGGUUUAUAUAUCUCCACUGGCUGAGCAACCAAUUGAGGCAGAUGCUUCUGCUCCACAGUCAGAGCAGUAUGGCAUCUUUGCUGGACAGGUUAUGACAGCUGUUAAGGAUGCUUGCAGCGCUUUACUUCAAAGAAAACCUAGGCUUGUGGAAGCAAUGUAUUUUUGUGAGUUAAACACACCAACCGAGCAUUUGGGUUCCAUGUAUGCAGUGCUUUCAAGGAGGCGCGCCCGAGUUGUCAAGGAAGAAAUGCAGGAAGGGUCACCUCUAUUUACUGUACAUGCAUAUGUUCCUGUUGCUGAAAGUUUUGGAUUUGCCGAUGAGCUGAGGAGAUGGACUUCUGGUGCUGCAAGUGCUCUACUUGUCCUUAGUCACUGGGAAACACUUCCAGAGGAUCCUUUCUUUGUACCCAAGACAGAAGAAGAGAGAGAAGAGUUUGGAGAUGGUUCGAGCAUGCCACACAAUACAGCAAGGAAACUCAUUGAUGCUGUGAGACGCAGGAAGGGUCUUCCUGUGGAAGAAAAAGUGGUUCAGCAUGCAACAAAGCAGAGAACAUUGGCUCGUAAGGUAUAGCAGCCUCUUAUGGUGCAAUCUUAGUUGACCUUUGCAACUCUUGUAAUACAUACAUCGCCUCAUACACAUUGUGGUCAAAAGAAUGUAAGGUUGUUGUGAGAAUAGUAAAUUUUUUCCCCCAGAAGAAGGCUGUAAGGUAUAGCUUAUUGAUGAUAUCUGUAAGGUGUAUCUUGUGGAGGAAAAUUGAGAAGAUAUGAGAAAUAUUAAUUGUUUUCUAUUAAA